AUGCUCCGCACCAGCGGCUCUCGUCAAAUGUCAAAGCCAAAGUCAGAAUCCUUGUUCUAUAAACAACCAAAGGGCAACCCAGGAACUGACUACUCCCCUCAGCAAGUCUCAAGUGCUACGGCAGGAGAGACCUCUGCUGGGCAAACAAGCCUCCCCUCAUACUGUGACUUUUAUACAGAGUGUCCAGUUGAGGAGGAAGAACCAUCUUGGAGCUUGUUCGAGGGAGAAUGGCAUCAAGACACAAGAGAGUGCACGCUGCGUAUGAAGCAAGAGCAUCUAGACCAGUUUGAGAACCCAUUUGACCCAUGGGAUAAAUACAGCAACUAUACUACUGAAUCAGAAUCCACUUUGAAGUCUUGGUCAAGCCCCAAAAGCACUCACAGCACCUCACCACCAGCCAGCAACUCAAAACAAUCCCCUGGCUGGACUGGUCAAUACUCUUCUAUGAUAGAGUAUAGUGCAAGUCCUGAAGUUUCACAAUGGACUGGGCAGUACUCUGAUCCUUAUGAGUACAGUGUCUCGCCAAAAAUGACAAGACUUGGUAUCUGGACAGAGUCAAAUGUCCCAGGCAAACCAGACUUCAAGUGGAUCCAGGAAUAUACACCAGAAUAA